AUGUCUGCAGGAAACAGUUUCACCAAUAAACUUGCUGAUGAGAAGUCACCGUAUCUUCUGCAGCACCAGCACAACCCAAUUGAGUGGGUAUCCUUGGGGAGCUGAGGCAUUCGAGAAGGCGAAGCGGUUGAAUCGUCCAAUAUUCCUUUCAUUGGUUACUCGACAUGCCAUUGGUGUCAUGUAAUGGAAAAGGAAUCAUUCGAGAAUGAAGAAAUCGCUCGCCAGUUGAACAGCGCUUUCGUGUCUAUAAAGGUUGAUCGAGAAGAGCGCCCUGAUGUGGACAAGCUUUACAUGGCCUUCAUCCAGGCAACUACUGGAUCUGGUGGCUGGCCGAUGACUGUGUUUCUCACUCCUGAGUUGGACCCAAUUACGGGUGGAACCUAUUUUCCACCGCGUGACUCGUCUGGAAGUUUGGGACUGCCUUCCGUUCUCAGAAUUGUCUCCGAAAAUUGGAACAGCGAAAGCGUGCGAAAUGCUAUUGGAGAGCAGGGUCAGAAGAUCACCAGUGCGCUGAGAAAGGGUGCCCUCUAUGCAUCUGGUGAAAGUCCUCCAUUCGACACAGUGACGAAUGGGGCCUUUCAGUAUAAGUUGUCAAGCUUCGAUGAAAUCAAUGGUGGAUUCGGACUUGCCCCUAAGUUUCCGAAGGCAUGUGAUCUAGAGUUUCUUAUCAACCAUUUCUGCUGGACAAAGCAAGAAUCGGAACGAGAAGUUUGUCGUCAUAUGCUAGAAAUCACGCUGGACGGAAUGAACAGAGGCGGAAUCCAUGAUCAUAUUGGAAAGGGUUUUCACCGUUAUUCGGUGGACGAGGAAUGGCAUGUGCCUCAUUUUGAAAAAAUGCUGUAUGAUCAAACACAACUGCUAGGCGUGUACGCAGAUUACUGUAGAGUUUUCGGGAGCAAGUUCCAUUCUACAGUAAAGGAUAUCGCUGGCUACAUGGAAGAAUGCUUAUCACACGAGGAAGGUGGAUUCUUCGCAGCUGAAGACGCGGACUCUCUGCCAUCACUCGAAUCUGCAGAGAAAAGAGAAGGAGCAUUUUGCGUGUGGGAGAUGUCAGAAAUUAAAGAGUUGUUGAAGGAUCUCAAAAUUGGGGACAAGCAAGCUGUAGACAUUCUUUGCCAUUACUACGAUAUUCAUGAGAAGGGAAACGUGAGCCCACACAAGGUGAGAUUAACAUACAGCUGUCUUUGA